AUGAAAUUAUUUUCUUUAAAUACUUUUUAUGAUAGUGGAUUAUGGAAGGAUGGACAAAAGGAGCAAUUAAAAAGAGUUAUAGAUUUUUGCAAAAUCUUUGGUCCACGUAUGGGUAUUCAAAUAGCUAAUGAAGGAAGAAAAGCAUCAACUGAACCUCCAUUUCUUGGACAUAGAAAACAAGGUUUACCAUUUGAUGACCCUAAAGGAUGGAAAGUUGUAGGUCCAAGUGAAGUUGACUAUUUUCAUCCCAUGCAAGUACCACAUGAACAAUCAAUUUCAGAAAUUAAAACAGUUAAUAAUGAUUUUAAAAACACAGCACAUAGAGCAUUACAAUGUGGCUUCGACUUUUUAGAAAUUCAUAUUUUGAAUGUUACACAAUAA